AUGGACGCAGGCAGUCUCGCUCAAAUGCAAUCGUCAACAUUCAGUGGGUCCGACGGUCCAACCAUCCCUAAUUUGGGCGGCCUUGCUUCGCGCCGAGGUGGCCAAAACAUAAAGCCACUUUCCUUUGAAAUUCUUGCACCGGGCAGCGAAAAGGAGGCAGGAGCCGCAACUCCUCGAACAAGUCGGUCUCAUCUUUUGGCCGGUCUUAGAACUGCUCCGAAGUCAGCUACUGCAGGUACAUUUCCUUCGUCACCGACGGCUGCUGCCCCUACGACCCGAUUUUCUCGGAUUCCUACGACCUCUAGUUCCUACAGCCAUGACGGGGUGUCGAAUGGCCCGAAAACCUCCCUUCCUAGAUUUCCUCAAGGACAAACGUACAACCAACACAGCACAUACGGACAACAAUAUACCGCUGAACAAAUCCUAGCUCCUCCAGAGAUUCAGCUUGAUGAGCAAGAUGCGUCGACCCUAGGAGUUGAAUAUGCAGAGCUUGUCGCGACCAACAUGUAUCUCGCUGCGCAAAAGCAGCGGCUGCAGCAGCAACUGAUGUCGGUACAAGCAGCGCAGCAACAGUUUCAGAACAUGAGCAUUGGCAACACACAUCAGGCGAUGCAGCCCUCUGGAUACCAGCACUUACUAUAUCAGCAGCAGCAGCAACAACAGAUGCUAGCAUCUGGCCUGUCGACUGUGAACAAUGUCUAUGCUGUUGUUGAUCCACUGACAGGUCAACAAACGCUCUAUGUUGGUCAAGGGGCUUCCCAGCUGAACAACCAUUUCGUUGACCAAUACAACACCAAUUUGCAACAGCUUCAACAACUUCAGCUCAUCCAGCAGCAGCUGCAACAGCAACAAACUACCCAGCAUCGCCAAGCAUCACCUGCUGCUGCGCCUCGUGUACAUGUCUCACCACCGCCUUCUGAGACGCAUAACGGCAAUUUUCGCAACCAAUCCCCACCUCGGCAACAUGCCUCGACACCGGAGCAACACGCGCCGCUCCCUCCUCCAAGUGCAAAUGCCUUUCGCCGCGGCCAUAAGAAAGCCGUCUCCCUUGUUGGAAGCAAUCUGGCAAGCAUCAACACAGGGUCUGUGACCUUAAACCACGAAGCGCCAAAGUCUGCGGGACCAAAAAGCACAAGUUUCCCGACGAGUGUGCAAACCGGUACCUAUGGGCCGGGCCAGGGCCGUGCUGGAGAACACCCGAUUCGGCAGCCAAGGGGCCCUCCAAACUUCGAUGAGCUGGCCAGGAAGCCCACAGCGAAGGAUGAAGGAAGCAAAAACUUCGCUGCACGCACGCGGCGUUCUGCUGUACGCAACCUCAUGCGUGCUGGUAUAACGCGUCGACAGGUGACUGUCAGUGGAAGCUCUGGCAGCAUCAGUCCUAUCUCAGAAAGCGCAGAGGAGCUUGCUAUUGUAUUGACAGAUGACGAAUCCGUUUCCGGUCGCAGUGGCUCUGGCAGCCUCAACGGAGAUGAUGUCGAGUGCUCACUGCCUAGCUCCAGAACUUCAACUGGCAGUUGGGGCGCCAUUGGCUCUGAGCGCCCAGGCUCCAGAGAAAAAUUUCGGAACAGCGCUGACUCGCCGAACAGCCCUAGCGAGCCUCCAAGUGGCAGCUUUGCUUCGGUAUUCAAAUCAGCAGCUCCUGCGUCGGAGUCUGAUAGCCAGCGGAAGCCCUCAAGGCUUGUUCUCUCAAACGCAGAGAAACGGAGAUGUGCUGCUGCUUAG